AUGAAAUAUUCGGACAUCCAUUUCUCGACGCGAAUUGCCGAUAUCGAUACAACAUUGGUCAUGUUUUAUGCUCCAUGGUGCGGCCAUUGCAAGAGACUAAAACCUGAAUAUGCUAAGGCUGGCGAACUGCUUCGUGGUUCGGAUCCGCAAAUUGUUUUGGCUAAAGUUGACUGUACAGAAGGUGGAAAAGAUACUUGUUCCCAGUUCUCCAUUUCUGGUUAUCCAACAUUGAAAAUUUUUAAAAAUGGCGAAUUCAGUGCAGAUUACAAUGGACCGAGAGAAGCAGCUGGUAUUGCUAAAUUCAUGAAGGCACAAACUGGACCCGCAUCGAAGGACUUGCUAACGGUCGCCGAAAUCGAAAAGGAAAGCGAUCUUAAAACUGUUUUCCUUAAAUACGCUGACAAAUUCAGAGAAAAAUUGCGUUUCGGUCAUUCCAGUGCAGCUGAUGUUCUUAGGAAUUACAAGGAGAAGAAUGGCAUUGUUUUGUUCCGAGCUCCACAAUACCAAAAUAAAUUUGAAUCGAACUCUGUCACCUUUAAGGGCACAUCGCUGGACGAACUAACAACUUUCGUUAAGGAAAAUUAUCACGGUCUUGUUGGUCACCGCACUCGCGAUUUGGCUCAAGAUUUCAAAAAUCCGUACGUGAUCGCUUAUAACGUUGACUAUGCCAAAAAUCCAAAGGGUACAAACUACUGGAGAAAUCGCAUUCUUAAAGUUGCCAAGGAAUACAGCGGAGACUACCGAUUUGCUGUCAGUUCCAAAGACGAUUUCCAACACGAAUUGAACGAAUACGGCUAUGACUAUACCGGAGAGAAACCCGUCGUUUUGGCCCGCGAUAAGGAUAAUCAAAAGUUUAUCAUGACCACUGAAUUCUCUGUUGAGAAUCUACAACAAUUCUUGUCGGACUUGGAAGAGGGAACCCUUGAACCAUACCUGAAAUCCGAAGCCAUUCCCGAAUCGAACGAUGGACCCGUUAAAGUAGCUGUAGCAAAGAAUUUCGACGAAAUUGUCACCAACAACGGCAAAGACACCCUAAUUGAAUUCUAUGCUCCAUGGUGCGGCCACUGCAAAAAGUUGACCCCAGUGUUCGAAGUGCUUGGAACUAAAAUGCUUGACGAAGACGUUGAAAUCGUCAAAGUCGACGCUACUGCCAACGAUGUGCCGCCACAAUUCGAAGUACGUGGCUUCCCAACAUUGUUCUGGUUGCCAAAAGAUUCGAAGAGCAAGCCAGUGAAAUAUGAGGGCGGUCGUGAAGUCGACGAUUUCGUUAAGUAUAUUUCUGCGCACGCGACCAACGAACUGAAGAGCUAUGAUCGCAGCGGUAAAGUUAAGAAGAACGACAAAACUGAAUUGUAAAUAGAUGUAACGAGAAAACGAGUGAGAGAGCGUAUAUGGUCUCAACAAUUAACGUAUAUGUAAUUUGUUCAUCUAAAUUCUAUCCUUUCAUCCCCUUUUUUUUUUGGAAUACCGCUGCGUGAUACGUGAAUGA